GAUUGUGAGCAGAAGUGACAUCAGUAGGAGGAAGUGACAUCAGUUUUUGUUACUCACGACUCCCUGCUCCCUGACUAAUUAAGGAUAAACAGUGUGUGUAUCUAUUAACAUACAAUCCCCUGGAUAAAGGACUUGAUAUGUGAAACAUUGGGAUAUUCCCUGAGGCUGCUGGUUAUACUGAGACACUCUCUAUGAGGUAGAGAAGCCCCAAAAGUCUAUGAUUCUUUGGAUAAAGGCAAAUAGGCCUUGCGACUUCUCCACUGCAAAACCAUAAUAUCCACACUCUGGAAAGAACGAACCGUAUCAGACUUUAAUACAAUGAGCCUUCCAAAUAACCAGAUGGAACUUCCCUCAGUGACAGGGAAGUGUUACAAAUGCCCCGAAUGUGGAAAAAAAUUCUCUGCAAAAAACAGACUUAAUUCUCACAAGAAAAUUCACAAGGAGAAACCAUUCAUGUGCUCAGAAUGUGGUAAACGUUUCACUCGAGAGUCGGCUUUUAAUGCUCACCAGAAAAUUCACAAUGGAGAAAGGCUACUUAUAUGUACAGAAUGUGAUAAAUGUUUCACUACUAAGUCCAAUCUUCAGCGUCAUCGUCAAAUUCACACAGGAGAUAAAACUUUCCCGUGCCCAGAAUGCGGCAAAUGUUUCUCUACAAGCUCCAACCUUCAGCGGCAUCAUAUGAGACACACAGGGGAGAAACGUUUCAUAUGUACAGAAUGUGGCAACCAUUUCUCUACUAAGCAUAACCUUCAAAAGCAUCAUAAAAGACACAAAGAGAAGUCUUUCUCUUGCACAGAAUGCGGCAAAAGUUUAUCUACGAGGGCCUACCUUCAGCAGCAUCUUGAAAGACACACAAGGGUGAGGCCUUUCCCGUGCACAGAAUGUGGUAAGUUCUUCUCAACGUUGGCUAACCUUCAGCAGCAUCAUAUAAUACACACAGGGGGAGAAACAUUUCCAUGCACAGAAUGUGGCGACCAUUUCCCUUCAGAGGCCGAACUUCAGAAGCAUCAUGAAAGACACACAGGAGAGAAGCCUUUCACGUGUUCAGAAUGUGGCAAGCAUUUCUCUACAAAGGCCAACCUUCAAGAGCAUCAUAAAAUCCACACAGGAGAGAAGCCUUUCACAUGUACAGAAUGUGGCAAGCAUUUCUCUACAAAGACCAAUCUUCAACGUCAUCAUAUGAUUCAUACAGGGGAGAGAUACUUUGCAUGUACAGAAUGUGGCAAACAGUUCUGUACAAGGAAUAGUCUUCAACAACAUCAUAAAAUCCACACGGGAGAGAAGCCUUUCAAAUGUACAGAAUGUGGCAAACAUUUCUCUACAAAAACCAGCCUUCAACGACAUUAUGUAACCCAUACAGGGGAGAAAUGUUUUAAAUGUACAGAAUGUGGUAUUGAUUUCUCCACGAGGGAUAACCUUCAACAGCAUCAUAAAAUACACACGGGGGUGAAACCUUUCUCAUGUACUGAAUGUGGCAAGCAUUUCACCACAAAAAACAUCCUUCAGCGACAUUAUGUAAUCCAUACAGGGGAGAGGCUCUUUAAUUGUACAGAAUGUGGCAAGCAUUUCUCUACAAAAGCUAGCCUUCAGCGACAUCAUGUAACUCAUACAGGGGAGAGAUGUUUUACAUGUACAGAUUGUGGCAACCAUUUUUCUACAAAGGCUAACCUUCAAAAGCAUCAUAAAAAACACACAGGGGAGUAGCCUUUCCCGUGUACAGAAUGUGCCAAGCAUUUCUCUACAAUGGACAGUCUUCAAGUACAUCGUAUAAUCCACAUACGGAAGAAACUUUUUUUGCUUGCACAGAAAACCAAUUCACAAAAGAUUAUCCACAUAGGAGAGAACCCUUUCACAUGCAGGGCCGGCCUUAAGCCUAUUGGACCAAUUGGGCCCAAUAGGGCCCCGCACCUCUGGGGGCCCCGCACCACAGGGCAGCUCAUAUAAUAUUUCCCUCAGCAAAUGAUGCUGCCUGGCCUGCCCCCAACUUUGAGAG